AUGGCGCGGCGUAGGAUGGCUCUGGCACGCCGGUCGCGGCGCGAGAUGGUUCUGGUGCGCACGUCGCGGCGCGGACACGCGCGGAUCUCGUGCCUGGAGAGCGCACUGCGGCGCGGCUCGGCUGCGCACGGAGCCGAUCGUGAGCCCAGCCUCUCGGUCGAUCCCAUCUCUCCCGAUCCCCUCGCUCCUUGCCUCUUUCCUCCUCGCGCCGCCACCCACAGAGGGAAGCGUUCACGCUCUCGCUUGACCAACUUUCAUGCUCGCCUUGCCGUGCCGCCCGGCCGUGCUGCCCCGCAGCUCCUCCCGCCGUCCUCGCACCGCCACCUAGAUCUCCGCGCCCGGUCGUGGGCGGCGCUCACCGGCGCGCGUGUGCGCUCACCUGAGCCGCCCGUCCACCGCCUCGUCACCGGCGGCCCCCGCCUAGUCGGCCACCGAAGCAAGCCGGCCAACACCACCGGCUCCUUCUACGCGACGCCCGUACCCUCCUCCGCCGGCAGGCCCGCACCCAUGUCGAGCGGGGGAGCUCGCGCCAGAGCCUUCCUCCCCAAAGCCAUGGCGUCCACUGUGGAUGCACCAUCUCCGUCGCGCCCUCCUUCUACUCACCAUCGCUACAUUGGAGCCCAGGAGCCAGACGCCACCGACGACGAAUCCUACUACAUUGGAGGUCCCUACUACUACGUGCAGGCUGCCAAUGACGACCGGAAGUAGUUUAGAAGGAUCCCAGACAAGUGGCCUACGCCUCUUUCGAUCUGUAUCCCAGUUUGUACUAGCCAUCUUAUGGCAACUUGUUUAACUUAUGUAUGUACUCAGAUAUUGUUGCUUCCGCUGACUCGUCUAUGAUCGAGCACUUGUAUUUGAGCCCUCAAGGCCCCCGGCUUGUAUUAUGAUGCUUGUAUGACUUAUUUAUUUUUAGAGUUGUGUUGCACUGGUAUGCAUCAGUCCUAAAUAAAC